CUCUCACUCACUCACUCACCCACCAUCUGAUAAUUUGCCUUCUUUAUGUUCUGAAUCAAAUUAAACCGUAUACCCACUUUCCAAAUUCACUCUCAUCUCUCUCUGUCAAAAUGGGAGGAACAAGAACCAGACUCUUCUUGCUCUUAGUAGCUCUAACAAGCCUCUGCAUUGUUCAACUCACAACCGCAGAUCAUCACCAUCAUCGUCAUGGAUACUGGAACAUUUUGAAGCUUAACCAGAAGAUUAAGCCAGUGGGAGAAGAGGAAGAAAACUCAUGGGGCGACAGCUUGAAGAGUUACUGUGAGAGCUGGAGGAUGAAUGUGGAGAUAAACAAUAUCAGAGGAUUCGAUGUGGUGCCUCAAGAAUGUGUAAGUUACAUCAAGAAAUACAUGACUUCUUCCCAGUACAGUGCAGAUUCAAGAAGGGCUCUGGAAGAAGCUACUGUUUAUCUUAGCUCUUGUUGCAGCUUGCAAGGCGAUGGUAAAGAUGCUUGGAUCUUCGAUCUCGAUGACACGCUUCUCUCUACCAUUCCUUACUUCAAGAAACAUUCUUUUGGUGGAGAGAAGGUAAAUGCAACUUGUUUGGAAGAUUGGAUGAGGGAAGGCAAGGCACCAGCUCUUCCUCACUCACUGCAGUUCUAUCAUCUGAUCAAAGACAAAGGAGUUAAGAUCUUCCUUGUCUCCUCAAGAAGGGAAAUCCUUAGAUCCCCCACAGUUGACAACCUAAUAGAUGUUGGAUAUCAUGGAUGGACUAAUCUCAUUUUAAGAGGGUUUGAGGAUGAAUACAUGAAAGUGGAAGACUACAAGGCAGAGGUGAGAAGGAAACUGGUGGGUCAAGGGUACCGGAUAUGGGGUAUAAUUGGAGAUCAGUGGAGCAGCUUGAAUGGACUCCCAAGUGCCAAAAGGACAUUCAAGCUUCCAAAUUCAAUGUAUUAUGUGCCCUAAAUUACUCUGACCUAUUUCUAACACCCACCCAUCAGAAAAAAAUCUGCUUUCUUUUUGUGCUUUGAUUAUCUGCAGCUCUGCAGUGUGCUUGCUGCAAUCCCAAUAAAGCAUCUGCCAAUUUGUCUU